GUGUUCGUCAUCCAGUCCUACUACAACAUCCUCUCCAUGACGAUGGGAAGUUUCUUCGUCAGGGGCAUAUCCGAAGUCGCCGAGAGCGUCGUCUCGGUGCGACGUCUCCAAAGGUUCCUCGAGUACGAAGAGUUCGACGCUCAGGACGGGCAGGUGCCGCAGCAGCCGCAGCAGCCGCAGCAGCCGCAGCAGCAGCAGAAGGGUCAGGUUAAUCCCGGGUUCGAGGGCGGGCCCGAGAGCGGCCAGCCCGCCGGGCCAAAGCAGCAGACCCGAGCCAACGGGGCCGGCGGCGCCAUUCAGGGCGGCAAUGCCGCGCCGAGGGAUGGCUCCGUUCUCCGAUUCACAGCCAUGCACGCCAAGUGGAGCCAGACGCAGUCCGACGACACGCUCAAGAACAUCGACCUGAGUUUGAACCACGGAGAGCUGCUCGCCGUCAUCGGACCCGUCGGAGCCGGCAAGUCGUCGCUGCUGCAGGCCGUGCUGGGCGAGCUCGCCACGACGGCCGGCGGGCUGGACGUGCGCGCCAAGGUGUCGUACGCGUGCCAGGAGCCCUGGCUCUUCGCCGCCUCCAUCCGGCGCAACAUCACGUUCGGCUCGCCCUUCGACCGCAAGCGCUACGAUCGGGUCGUCAAGGCGUGCGCGCUGCUCGCCGACUUCGCGCAGCUCCCGUUCGGCGACCUGACCCUCGUCGGGGAGCGAGGCUCGUCCCUGUCCGGCGGACAGCGGGCCCGUGUCAACCUUGCCAGGUAAGCAGUAGAGACGUCAAGGCACCUGGUUUGGUUUUUGUCUGAGCUUUUAGCCCCCCAAGCAUUGGAAAAGCAGAGGCGUUAAGUACCGUUUGAAUGGUCCAGCAAGACAUGUAGUUGAGUUGGACGCAUUUUGCACAGCGCUAAACCCUUAAGAAUGUUUGGAAGUGAAACUCAGCAGUUUCGAAAGGUGCUUUUAGCACUGACGAUAAUGAGAGGUGAUUCCUUAGAUUUCCCAGAAAGGAAAAUAUACCGCCCCAACAAGGGUGGUUCGUGAUGAAGUCACAGUGCAUCCGUGACCAUAUUGUGGCCACAUGGGAGACACGUAACAUCCACAUGUUACGGCCGCAGCUGCUUACCUUUACGAGCCUGGCCGACUGGAUAACGGGGCAGGUCCGGGUCAUUCGCACAGCGUGAUGAUGUCCUUCUCCACCUCGCUCGCGCCGAGCUUUCCUGAAAAGAACAAAAAAAAAAAAUAACAAUGGUACCUAGUUUUACUAUUGCUCUCGGCCAACUACCAGUCUUCUUGCUUUACAUGCGCACACUUAGCAUCGCUGUUUGUAGCACACCAGAUAUAGGCUUCCAGCGAAAAGCGAACGGCACAGCCUUGACAAUUGGAGCGACGAGAGAGUUGCAGACAGAGAAAUAAAACUUGCACACAGUACACGGCGGAAAAUUACAGGAUAGGCGCCGUCGUAAACAAGGCCAUAGAUUUCGCGAGUUUCAUGAGUUAAUAAAAGACAGCUAGCGCAGACGUGCACUGCAAAACCAGCACAACAAAACAUCCUUAGCAGAGGGUUAAGUAAGGGCGCCAUUUGCGAAACGCACAAACAUAUGACGGCAUGAAGUUAGAAGGUGCUGAUUGGUGUGUUGGUUCAAGAUCUGAUGGAGAAUAUAUCAUACGCAAUAAGAAGUGGACUGGCCGCGAUAAAUCUUGACUGAUGCUAAUUGGAUAAACGGGUGCGAUGAGUGGUGAGUCCACUGAUAAUGCUUGCUGGGCCGCGGACCUGAAGUCAUACCGUGUUGAAAGCCGGGACGUCCAAUCAUUACCCUCAAUAUGGCUGCGCCGAGAUGUUGUUGCGUCCUUUGUAACGACCAAUAGGUCAACACGCACGCUCUCUCUCUCUCUCGCUCACUUAGCCUCUCUCUCUGUUACACACUCACACACAGACACACAUAUACACACACACACACACACACGGCGGUGGUGGUCAUAACUCGAUGGCCUGCCUGCAGUUAUUUACAGACCGUGUUGGGUGAUUUACAGAGGUCGACAUCAUGCUUUUGCAGGGGAAGGGACGGGCAG